GUCCGGUUAAUUAUAGCCACAAGUAGUGCCCUUAAGAAGGAUAUGAAAAUCAGUCUUUUACAGGCAAUCCCACCUUGAAAUUCUCUAGCAAAUACUGAAAAAAAAAAGGGAGCGCAAUCGCAGAAUGAAGAAAGCUGAGCUGGUCUUCAUACCAACACCAGGUAUAAGCCACCUCGUAUCCACAGUAGAGGUAGCAAAGCUUCUUGUGGACCGUGAUGAGAGGCUUUCAAUCACCUUCCUCAUCAUGAAACUACGUUCUGACCCAAAGAUUGAUAGGUUUAUAAAUUCAGUGAGUACAGCCUGUAAUCGUAUCCGGUUCAUUGACUUGCCUAAAGAUGAGCCUGAUCCAAACCAACCCAGGAAGUUUCUCUUUUCUUUGAUUGAAGCCCAGAUACCCCAUGUCAAAGAAGAAGUCUUUAAGCUUGUGAGUCAAUCGGAGUCAAGCCCUGACUCGCCUCCUCUUGCUGGGUUUGUUCUUGAUAUGUUUUGUACAUCUAUGAUAGAUGUGGCCACUGAAUUUGGUGUUCCAUCAUAUAUUUUCUUUACGUCAGGUGCAGCUUUUCUUGGCCUUCAAUUUUAUGUCCAGGAUCUUCACGAUGAGCAGAAAGUUGACCCUACUGAGUUCAAGGGCUCGGAUGCUGAGUUGGUCAUGCCGUGUUUGGCAAAUCCUCUUCCAGCUAAGGUCUUGCCUUCGGUUAUGCUUAACAAAGAGUGGCUGCCACCUGUACUCCGUCAAGCUAGAAGGUUUAGAGAAAGUAAGGGUAUUAUAAUAAACACAUUUGAAGAGCUGGAAUCUCAUGCAAUGGACUCCUUUUCUAAGGGUAAUACCCCUCCGGUGUAUCCAGUGGGUCCCAUUUUAAACCUUAAUAGAGAUGAUGGUGAUGGUGACGAGGAGUCUGAUAAACGCAAAGACAUCAAGCAAUGGCUUGAUGAUCAGCCCCUAUCCUCAGUAGUGUAUCUAUGCUUCGGGAGCAUGGGGAGUUUCGGAGUGGAUCAGGUGAAGGAAAUUGCUUGUGGGCUAGAGCAGAGUGGGCAUCGAUUCUCGUGGUCUCUACGGAAACCACAACCGAAGGGUAAGAUGGAAAUUCCGAGCGAUUACACUAAUCCUCAAGAUGUCUUGCCCGAAGGGUUUUUGGAUCGGACGGCUAAGAUUGGAAAAAUAAUUGGAUGGGGCCCAGAGAUCGAUAUUUUAUCCCAUCCAUCUGUAGGAGGAUUCGUAUCACACUGUGGAUGGAGCUCUAUAUUGGAAAGCAUAUGGUUUGGCGUUCCAAUUGCCGCGUGGCCAAUACAGGCGGAGCAACAACUUAAUGCUUUUCAAAUAAUUGUGGAGUUAGGGUUUGGUGUGGAGAUUAAAAUGGAUUGUAGAAGAGAAUUUUUCUAUGAUGAUAAUGAAAACAUUAUUAGUGCUGGGGAAAUAGAGAGAGGAAUAAGGUGUUUGAUGGAGAUUGGCAAGGAGAAGGUGGAGAGGUUGAAGGAAAUGAGUGAGCAGAGUAGGAAGGCUUUGAUGGAAGGUGGAUGUUCAAACACUUGGCUAGGGCAGUUGAUUCAUGAAAUGGUAGACAACAUCCCAUGAACAAAAUGUACUUUCUCUUUGCAUCAUCUGGGAAUCGACAAUUCCUUUACCAUGAUUGUUUGUGUAUUGUAAUUUCUCUCUGUUGAACUUUGUAUUGUCUUUCUUUAA